CAAAGUGACAAAAAAAUAAUUCAAUGUCUGUAAUAUUUGGUUCUCGAAGCCUUUAACAUGGGUGAGGUCUGUGCUACGGAGCUAUCGGGUUCAAAGUAGGGUUUUGUUUUGAAAAAUCUCUACCACGAUUUCUCAUACUUAUGCUUUACGUCUUGACACUUCUAUGAGCGGUGUAACUACUACAGAUUCCGGUUCGGACUACGAGUGUCAUUCAAACAUGAUUUCAGGGUCUGUUUGUGCGUUAAUAGCGGGCUUUUUGGGAGCCGCUGCCUCGUUGUCUGCCAAGCUGUCGCUCGGUGCAGACUACUUGAGGGAGAUGUGUGAGUCGGGGCUCAAGGUCUGGACUCAAACCCACGGUGGAACUUCAGCCUGUGACUGGCUCCACAUCCCCCUGCGGCUGCUCUGUGGAGGCCUGCUGUUCGCCUGCAACGCCGUCAUGUGGACCUUCUUCUCCAAGGCCCUCCGACACUGCUCCUCUUCAGCCAGGGCCACAGUCACUACCACCGCAUCCAACUUCAUCUCCUCAGCCGUCUUGGGGAGGGUGAUUUUUGGAGAGAGUCAUGCUGCUCUGUGGUGGGCGGGAAUCUCUCUGACGCUCUGCGGACUGCUGGUGCUUCACGGAUCAACACCUCGGACACUCCCACAGGAGGAGGGCAAAAAGGACGAGUAACGUAGCUCUUUACGGAAACACAUAAUGGAAUUUCUCUGGCACUUUAAAGUGGAAAUGUUGCUUAUAAUGGACAACGUGUCUUAAUGUAACAGUAGACUAUGUGGCACAGAGCUGAUGGUACAUUCACAUGAAGAAAACAUGCAGUUCUAAUGAAUUCAUCGCCGGACUUUUCCUCGCUUGUCCUGGUUGGUGUUUACAUUCCAACCUCAGACCUGCAACACCUGGCUGACCACAUAACUAAUGAGGAAUUAAAUUCCCCAGAGUACAUGCUUAUUUUUCUUGGGGGUCCCAUCAAGAGACCAUUGUGCACCACAUUAAAGGACGCCUAUCGCUCUGUAUCCGUGUGCAGCUUUGGGACUCUGUUCACAGUCUCUCACACAGAACACUGAAGUUGGAAGAUGGCGACAGUGAUGUCAUGGAAAAGCCAUUAUCGCUACUUUGUUGAUGCAGAAUUUUUUUAUAGUGGAUUUAACUGAAGAUGAGUUUCAGCUCUAUGAAAGACACGAUGGAUGUACCCCUGGAAUAUAGCAGGAAAAAAAGUGGUGUGUGCCCGGCUCCAGCUGUCUUACUGAAACCUGGGAAAAGACCCGGGGAAAUCAGCUCUUUUUCUGAGCUGUAUCCUCAAAAAUACUUUUCUUUUUUUUACUGGGGGCCUGGCUAUGGUUUAAACAAUCUAUUUACCUGUAAACUUAAGUUGACUGAUGCAUGAAGAUGUUUUAAACUAUCGCUGUGUAAGAUUUAACAGUCAACUCCUAGAUUUGUGCACUCAUUUACAGAAGGUUUUUAUUUGUGAAAUCUCUGAAUGUUGGUCCUUUAUGGUCACUAACCUUUUAAUUUGAGGCGAUUUUAACAUCCAUCUCUUUGAUGUCCAGCCAACCCAUUUGUCUUCAUUGAAUUUACUCUUUCAUUCCUGCAUGUUGUAGAUUUUAGUUAACGCUUUUAUUCCCUCUCAUCUCAACUAUUGCAAUUAAAUAGAUUUGAAGAUAUUUAUUCAUCUGUUUUUAAAGAACUGCAUGGUUUGCCACAGUUAAAUCUUCCUUGACAACUUUAAAACCAGUCCAAAGACUCCUCUCUUUUCCAGUUUAGCCUAUAAUAAUUAUUAUCACAAAAGGCAUGCCUGACCAAACUCAGAUUUUUACUUUAUUAAGUUGUUUGUGCAAUACUGUUGUGUCUUGGUUCUAUCAAGAUACUCCAUGCGUUUAUUUAUAUUUUCUCUUAUUUAUGUCUGUGUUUUCAUUUUAUCAUUCCUGUGUUUUAUUUGAUGCCUUUGUAAAGGACUUUGGGCUACGUUUUAAUAAAAAAAUGCUCUAUAAAUAAACCUGACUUUACUUGA